GAGUGAAAGCCUUCUGAAAGGAGAAAACUCCAGAAGAUUUCUCAACAAUAGUGGGGAGAUGUCUGAAGAGAAAGAAAAAGUCAAGACGUUGCUCCUUCAAGCUCUCACAGAAGAGGAGAGCUACAAGACUGGAGAGCUGGAGGAAGUAGAAAUGAAGAUAAUGCAAACAAAAAUCAUACUCCAGAAACUGAGACUGAGCCUACUCUGUCGGGAGAGAGAGCUGACAGAACAGCAUCAGUCGUGGAGCCAGUUUGAAGAACAGUUUGAGAGACUUCAUGGAAAAGAUGAACAAAAAGUACAAGAUAAGGACGAGGAUAUUCUUAAAACAAGUAUUAUCAUGAAUGGUACUGAAACGAGCAAUAAUAUUGACUCAACUAAGAAAGAACUAACUGAUACGAGACAGAAACCAAGUGACCGUCUCCCUUUAAAUGAGCCUGAAGAGAAUGAGUCAAGGUUUUACAUCAAACGUUCUAUAGUAGUAGGCAAUACAUCACAGUACCUUCUGAAGAGAUUAGAAAGACAGACUAGUGAGAGGGUGACUCAUAAAUGGAUGACGUACGUCCGUUCCAUGACCGACCAGCCACCACUGGAGAGCUAUGUAAAGAGCAUUACCUUUUUCCUUCAUCCUACGUACGCUCCCAAUGACAUUAUUACCAUCAGUCGUCCGCCGUACCAGUUGAUCAGGUUUGGUUGGGGUGAGUUCCCAGUUCGUGUCCAGUUACAGUUUAUUGAUCCAUUAAACAAGCCAAUCGAUGUGCUCCACCCACUCAAAUUAGAUCAGACACAUUCCGGGGAGCAGAUGCUCGGAGCUGAAACGAUUGCUAAUAUUCAGUUGGUACGUCCUCAGAAUAACGAACAACAGACAAGUUCUCUUUAUCAAGCACCACCUCCCUCACUUUCUCCUCCUCUCUCUGUCUCUCCUUCUAGAAUCUCUCGCUCUCUCUCUCCUCCUUCAUCGCCUCCUAUCUCACUAAGCAGUUUUCUAAUUCCUUCAUUACAGGCUUCUCCAUCAUCUAGCUUUAUACUACCAUGUCUUUCGUCUUUACCUUCAUCUCCAGUGCCUUCCUCUCCUCUUCCUUUCCCCUCUUCUCCUCUACUGCCUCCUUCUCCCUCUCCUCCUCCUCCUCCUGUUGAGUCUCAGUCAUGCCCUCCUUCUCCUUCAUACGUUACUGUUCCUAUUACUCUAUCAGCGAAUGCCAUUCUUCUUGAUCAUGAUUACCACAGGCAGACUUUAGUGAGGAGAAAAGAAGAUGUCCCUUUGCCUAAACCAGUCCCAGUCCCAGUCUCUCCUAGUGAUGAUAACAUGUUACAUGUGAUUGUAAGGCAGUUCCCGCUGUAUGGGUCAGAUUACACCUUCUCGGCCUUUUCUCUGGAGCAGUACAAUAAAUGGAGUCUUCCCAAGCAGCGUUCAUCAGAGUGGAUGAGAGCCGUAGCCAUCAAGGAAUGCAUUAAGAGCUCUUCUGCUUGGAUCCAUCCCAUACCAUCCACACGAGAGAUUGUGAAAUGGUGUUGCAGUCAUGGAUACACUCCACUGAAGGGCGGAGAGAGGUUUUGUAAAGUAUGUGGUACUCAGAUAAGCAGUGAUGAGUUCACUCACCAGUCUUGCUAUGAGCCGGUCACUCCUAGUCUCACUGAAGUGUGUACCACUAUCCAGAGACUGUGUACCACCUCAUCUAACGAUGAGGACUCCAUUACUAGCACUGAUAUUGAUGUACUCUCUAUCUCUGAUCCUAUUGGUCGCCAGCUCGCUCCACCUGUAUCCGAUAUCAUUUAUAGGACUCCGCAGUCGCCUGCACUUCGUUGGAUAAAUAUGACUGCUAGUGAAGUAGGUGUUGUGUUGCAUCCAGUAUCACAUGACAGGAUGCUGCUACAUGUUGUUGAUCACAUGAUAUUUUCUGCUUGCUCUCAGUUUUUGUGCCAGUUGGUGCGUAGAGCUGUUGCCAUUGAGACGGACGUGGGUUUAUCAGAAAGGAUAUUGGUACCUCUACAUGUGUAUCAGGCUGUUCAUGAUACACCUCUUUUUGAUUUUUUAAGAGAUUUUGGUGUAGGAGCAUUAGGCAAAUGACAAAAUAUUAUUAUUAUUAUUUAUUUAUUUU